AUGGCAUCAGGCGCACUUCCGCCAAUCCGGCUACGGUCAGACAAGUCAGAAGCGUUACAUCAACUAUCGCCCGAGCGCGUCAACACACGAAACAUCUCGAUAGCGACGACAGCAAGCAAGGAUUCCCGGACGACGAAUGACGAUACCGAGAGCGACGUGUUCGCACCCAGUAAUCCUGGAUCCGCCCAAACAUCACCAACACGAAAGGCCAACCUCUUUGCCGACUAUCAUCCCAUCUCGCCGAGCAAGAACAACAUCGCGAUAGGCCUCCCACAAUCACCCUCCUUGCCGGAUAUAAAUGCUCUGCGGGGCCAUGUCCGAACUAACAGUGAUGUACAAGGACUCGUGAAGCGGUUUGAGCAUCUUGAUGUGCGGGACAAGGAUGUCGAGAGUAGUGAGCGGAGGCGCAAGCAUGAGGCUGAGCUGCGGCGAGCCCAGAUUGCACGAGAGGAGGCGGAGAGCGACGUCAAGAGGCUGCGAGAGGAGUUGAGACGGGUGAAGAGGGAUAGUGAGGAGGGGCGAGAGCGAGAGAGAAGAGUAGGCAGGCGGCUGGAAGUUGUAAUGGAAGAAUAUGCCUCGGCCAAGGAGCAGUACACAUCCCAGUCCACCGUCUACGAAAAGGAACUUCGCAAAGCCCGGAAAGAAGCAUACAAGUCUUCUUCUUUCGUUAUCAAACUCCAGGAAGAACUCAAAUCUACCCGUAGCAGCCUGCGAAUAACACAGUCCGGGUUUGAUGUCGAGAAGCAGAAAGUGCAGCGUCGCGAGCAGGACACUUUCAAUGCGCAAUACCAGCUGGCUGCCGUCCAAGAAGAGCUGGAUAAGCUGAGGGCGCAGCUCAAAAUCGUGGAAGAGGAGAAGGAGGCACUGAAGACGAAUCUGAAAGAUGAAGAGGUUGCGAGAGUGGCGGCAGAGGGCAUGAUUGCUCUUCCGGCUUCGCAGGAGGAUGAGGAUCUGUUCACUUCGCCUCGCAAGGCACGAUCGCCUUUCUCGGACAACAAGGAGAAUCUGGGGCCGAGUCCGAGGAAGAUAAGGGAGAGCAGAUCGAUGGAGGAGGAUCUGCUACGAGAGAAGAUGAGGAGGGAGCAUGCGGAGGAGAUGGUGGAAUUUCUGGGUCUGGAGUGCAGGUUCAGAUGUUGUAGGUGCAGAACGCAGGCGCGCAACGUGCAUGGUGGCAUAAAUUUACCCAUGACCGGAGAUUUGUCGAAAGCUUUGCUGGAUGUUAUGGAGUCGAUGAAGGCAGUCCUCGGUGCUUCGGAAGUACCCGAAGAUGCCGACGACAUGGACGUGGAAGCCCGGGAAGAAGCGCAGAUCGUUAUUGAGGUGCCAGAAGGGGAGGCUGUAGAAGGUGCCGCAAUGGAAGACGUCGUCGCCACCCAAGAGGUCGCCUCCGAACACAUCCAAGUUGAGUCGGAACUCUUGGACGCGAGCAGGACCAUGCUCUCCGACGAGCAAGAAGAAGCACCAGUAGCACCACAUCCCACGCCAGCUGAACCAGGUAGCGAACGGGGAACGAUACCAGUCGAGGAGUCCUCACCUCAUACACUUCUUCACGAAACCUCCCACCAAACAAACGCCUCCCGCCACCUUCGCACGGUAACAACCACGACAACAAUACCUAUGCACUUCACCCCUGUCACCAGUAAACCGCUCGUCUUCCCAUCGAGCGAUGAAGACAGCGAGAACAUCCCACCUCCAUUGCGCUCCAACAUUGACAACGACUCCGCCAUCGACACCGAGAGCGCGACUCCAACUUUCGACCGCGCAGCCGCACUAGCAGCAAUCGAAUACCGACGCGGUCGAGCGAAGAGUUUCGCUGCGGGCCAUGUGACGCCCAGGAAGCAGAUGUUGGAAGGAAGGGGCGUUGGUGGAGUGGGGAGGAGGGAUAUUAGUGCGCCGGCUUUUGGGUCGAAGACGACUGGGAUGGGGAGUGCGAGUUUUGGGAAAGGUGCAGGGAGUGUUGGGAGGGCGGCUGGGAGGAGAGGGAUGGUUUGA